AUGAAGUGUCUAGCAGCAGUCCUUCUCGGACUACUCACAGGCGUCACGACCGUUCUCUCCAAAACAGUAGAAUAUGAUUUCAAUAUCACCUGGGUGCUCGCCAACCCGGACGGUGCCAGACUGCGACCAACGAUCGGCAUCAACCACGAAUGGCCGUUACCGCAAAUCCAGGUUGAUUUAGGUGACACGGUAGUCGUGAACGUGCUCAACUCGUUGGGGAACCAGUCCACGGCUCUGCACUUCCAUGGCAUUUUCAUGGAGGGCACUCCCCACAUGGACGGGACUGCGCAGGUCUCGCAAUGCGCCAUCCGUCCGGGUUCAUCCUUCCAAUAUAAGUUCCAGGUCAACCAGCCAGGCACAUACUGGUAUCACUCGCACUCGGGUUCGCAGUACCCAGAUGGCCUUCGUGGACUCUUGAUUGUUCACGAUCCAGCCUCCCCCUACCACAAGGAUUAUUCCGAGGAGAUUGUCUUGUCGAUAUCGGAUUGGUACCAUGACCAGAUGUCGGAGAUGAUGCCGCACUAUCUCCAACAAUCCAUGCUCCACGAUCCCGCGCCAGACUCGAAUCUGAUCAACGACACCCAGGACCUCCGGAUUCCCGUUCAGCCAAAGACAGACUAUCUCGUCCGGAUCGCGAAUAUCGGCGGCUUCAUGGGGCAAUACGUAUCAAUCGAAGACCAUGAGAUGACGAUCAUCGAGGUGGAUGGCGUUUAUACGAAGCCUGCACAAGCGCAAACCAUCUAUGUCGCCGCUGGUCAGCGCUAUGGCGUUCUGAUUAAAGGCAAAGACAACGCCAGCCGCAACUAUGCCAUCACGGUGACGAUGGACAAGUCAUUGAUAAUGAUGGCCCACGCGCGACCGCAAGUCACAGUCACUGGGUGGCUAGUCUACAACGAAGCCCAGCCACUCGACAAACCCGGCGACAUCGACAUCUCCGAAGCGAUCGACGACAUUUCACUUGAGCCCUACGACUCAGAGCCGCUCUUCACCAAGCCCGAUCAAAGCAUCAUCCUGAAUAUGGGCGUUGCCCGCCUGGAGGAUGGAAACAGCCACUGGACCUUCAACAACAUCGCCUACACCCCUCCCGAAUACCCCACCUUAUACAAAGCCAUCGAAGCCGGUAGCAUAUCCACGAACGACGCAAUCUACAAUCAAUCCUCCAACGCUUUCAUCCUCGCCGAAAAUCAGACCGUGGAGCUGGUGGUCAACAACGGACACAUGAGCCGACAUCCCUUCCACCUGCACGGCCAUAAUUUCCAGGUAGUCUACCGCUCCGAGUCCGGGGCGGGCAAUUUCGCGGACACACGCGCGACCGAGGGUGAAUUCCCCCAGGUCCCCAUACGACGCGAUACGGCGACCGUGAACCCCGGUGGGAAUCUGGUUCUUCGCUUUCGCGCAACGAAUCCUGGAGUCUGGAUCUUCCAUUGCCACAUGGAGUGGCACGCGUACUCAGGCCUUGUCAUCACCCUCGUGGAAGCACCGCUCGCGCUACAGGAGCGACUGCAGAUUUCCGCUCUGCCCAAGGAUCAUCUGGAGGCAUGUCCACGACAAAAUUUACCGACGGAACUCGCGGUUGAGAACGAUGCAGUGGUGGGCUCGGAAGAAGCUGCAGUCGAGGCCGACGCUGCCACUCCGGACAAAGCCGAUCACCAGGAGGGCUCCGGCCAUGAACGCAACUGGAACAGGUAA